ACUUCCAUUUGCAUAACACCACACUCCUCUUUCUUCUUGUCUGCCACCAUCCCUCUCUCUUGCUUGAUAUCCAUCUUGUCCUGAUCCGUGUGGUCUGUGUUGGUUUGCGUCCUCUCAAUCCUUCACCAUUCAUUCACGCCUACUCUCAUGUGCAGUCCUGUUUGGUUCAGCUCAGACAGAAAAGCGAUUUUUUCCUUCUCCCCCCUCAGUUUAUUUUUUUUCGGGAGACAAAACACCAUGAAAGCCUUUCUUUUUUAAUGAAAUACCAGUUUGGGAGAAUUUCUGACUGAUACAAACGGGACGACAGUAAUUUAAUUUAUUAUUUUACGCAUCAACAAUCGCACGUAACCUGGAGAGGAUAAAGAGGAAAACGCAUUGUGGGGUUUUUGGGGAAUUGCACUCGCGGAAGGUGUCGCCGCGGUGGAGCAAAAGGGGGAUUUUAAUGAGAGGAACUAAUCCGAUGUCAGUGUUAAGUUUGCUGAGGUAGGGUACCUGUCAGAGGGAGAGGGAGAGAAAAAAUUUGCGAAGAAGCACCGUGGAAAGCUACGCGUCAUUUCCAAGACACCAGCGCAACAAGGCAACACCAUUACACCAGCCUGCUGUGUGAAUGGCACACGGGGUGUCUUCCUCUGGUGAACUGGUGCAGGGUAGGCACGCUGUGACCAGCGUCCAGCUGAGAUCCAGGGCUUUCUAGCGAUAUGAGAGAUAAGUUCAUCUCCUGAGGCCACAACUUCCACACUGAGCUGACUCACUGGCAACUGCACCCAGAGAUUUGGAUAAAUCACAUGUGAAUGAACUUGGAAGACUCCAACAUCACCACGCUGCCAUGUUUCUGCACAAGCGCCUCCUGAACUUCACUCCACCUUGCACACCAUGCAUGUUCCUCUCCUUCCUGCUAGUCCUGCUCCCAGGAGUCACUCACCUCUCCCAGGGCAGCGCCAGCCAUGACGAUACCGGCAGCACACCCGCUAACUGCUCCAGUGAAGAUAACUGCUCCGAUGGCGUCGUGCUGCCCAUGUGGAACCCCCAGAACCCUGCGGUGGGUGACAAGGUGGCACGCGCGAUUGUUUACUUUGCAGCCCUCAUUUACAUGUUCCUGGGCAUGUCCAUCAUCGCAGAUCGCUUCAUGUCUUCUAUCGAGGUCAUCACAUCUCAGGAAAAGGAGAUCACCAUCAAGAAGCCCAACGGUGAGACGACGACGACCACCGUGCGCAUCUGGAACGAGACGGUGUCCAACCUGACUCUGAUGGCGCUGGGUUCAUCUGCUCCAGAGAUCCUACUGUCUGUCAUUGAAGUGGUUGGCCAUAAUUUUGAGGCCGGAUCUCUGGGUCCGAGCACCAUUGUGGGCAGCGCUGCAUUCAACAUGUUCAUCAUCAUCGCCAUCUGUGUCUAUGUGGUGCCUGAAAACGAAACCCGUAAGAUAAAGCACCUGCGGGUGUUUUUUGUCACCGCUGCCUGGAGCGUCUUCGCCUACAUCUGGCUCUACCUCAUCCUGUCUGUGGUCUCACCCGGAAAGGUGGAAGUCUGGGAGGCCGUGCUGACUUUCCUUUUUUUCCCUCUGUGCGUGCUGCAAGCCUGGAUCGCAGACCGCCGCCUGCUCUUCUACAAGUACGUCCACAAGCGCUAUCGAGCUGACAAGAACCGUGGCAUCAUCAUCGAGUCAGAGGGUGACGCCAUGUUCACGAAAAUGGACCUGGAGAUGGACGGACAGGGCGUGAACUCCCAUACGCACCCCAAAGAGGCUCUGGAUGGGAUGCUGGAGGGGGUGGAGGAAGGCGGAGGGUUGAGUGCGGAGCAGGAUCAAGAGGAAGAAGCCCGACGGGAGAUGGCUCGCACGCUGAAAGAGUUAAAACAGAGGCACCCGGAGAAGGACAUGGAGCAGCUGAUCGAGAUGGCCAACUACCAAGUGCUGGUCCAACAACAGAAGAGCCGAGCCUUCUAUCGCAUCCAAGCCACUCGCAUGAUGAUCGGAGCCGGGAACAUCUUGAAGAAGCACGCAGCCGACCAGGCGAGGAAGGUGGUGAGCUGUCACGAGGCGAGUGGGCAAGAGGAAGACCCCAACACCAUCUACCUGCAGUUUGACCCCUCUCACUACCAGUGCUUUGAGAACUGUGGCUCGCUGAAGCUGUCAGUGAGCCGGCAUGGAGGAGAGAGCGGCUGCACUGUGAAGGUGGAUUACCGAACAGAGGACGCAACCGCCAACGCCGGCUCAGACUACGAGUUCGCCGAGGGGACUUUGGUCUUCAAGCCUGGUGAGACGACCAAAGAGUUCACCGUCGGCGUUAUCGAUGACGACAUUUUCGAAGAGGACGAGCAUUUCUACGUCCGCUUGAGCAACCCACGCAUCGUGCACCGAGCCGAGGUCUCCAUCCUGGAGCCGAGCUCCAUCACCUCCAGCAACAGCACGGUGGGCCUCUCCCAUGUCCCUCCAAAGGCGGCCUUGGGCAGCGCUCACAUCGCGACAGUCACCAUCUACGAUGACGACCACGCCGGCAUUUUUACAUUUGAGAGCAACUCUACGAGGGUCAGCGAGAGCGUCGGCAACAUGCAGGUGAAGGUGCACCGGACGUCCGGGGCGAGGGGGAAAGUGGCGGUGCCAUACCACACCGUUGAGGGCACCGCCAAGGCAGGGGAGGACUACGAGGAGGUGUCCGGCAAGCUGGAGUUCCAGAACGACGAGACCAUUGCAGAUACAUUCGCGAGUAAAGUGGCUGCCAUCCAGGACCAAUACGCUGACGCCUCCAUCGGCAACGUGACAGGCAGCAACGCAGUGAACGUCUUCCUGGGAAUUGGGGUGGCGUGGACCAUCGCCUCCGUUUACUGGCACACCAAAGGCAAAGUGUUCAAGGUGGACCCGGGCUCUCUGGCUUUCUCUGUCACCCUUUUCACUGUCAUGGCCUUUGUGUGUGUGUUGGUGCUGCUCUACCGCCGACGUCCCAGCGUGUCAGGCGGUGAGUUGGGGGGCCCACGGACACCCAAGCUCCUCACGUUCUUCAUGUUUCUCUCCCUCUGGUUCAUCUAUAUCCUGUUGUCCUCCCUCGAGGCUUACUGCCAUGUGCCUGGUUUCUGAGACAGAGGAAAACACACAGACAUGGCUCCUCUUCUUGUUUUUACAGUCUAAAAUGUGUUUUGUCUCUGUUUUUGUCUAUUUUCACACAGGUUUAUAACUAUUUGUAUCAUUAGUUAUUGAUACUGCACAAUAUAUGAUUAACUUUGAAUCUUUGGACUUUGAAACUUUGCUACCACCCACUAUGCUGUGAAGUAUAGCUUUAGCCACUGAAAUUUAACCUCUUCUUAACAUUUCUUCCUUUUUUGAAACACACUGGACAUGUAUCCAGUCACUGAUAUCAUCGUAAAUCACAUCAAAAGCUCAUUCACUUGAAAUGUAAAAAAUCCGGCAUCAUAUUCUCUAUCUGUGUGGACAAUUAUUUGAGUUUUUAAGUGUUACGAAAGCACAAGUUUAAAGCAGUACUUUGGUUAUAAAAUGAAAAACUAAAGAUGGUGCAUGGAAAGACAUUAUACUUGACAUUUACAUGAAAGGAAAUACAUUACUAAAGUGACAUAUUUGUGUGUUGAUAUUUAUUACUCAAUCUAUACAUUACUUAUUCAUUGUAAAGAUGAACAUUGUGCGUGGGAGUUUUGUGAAAGAGUAGGUGUGUAUAUUUUUUGCACGUUAUCAGAUUAAGAGUUUCUUGGUAAUCUAUUUUAAAGUACUGUAUGUAAUAUUUUGACAUGGCUGUUGACGUGUUGACGUGUUCCUGUACAUGUGUAUCACAGCUGUAUCAUAAUCUUGUCACUGCCUGGUCCCCCUUUCCCACUAAGCUUUCUUAAUCAGUAUUAUGUUUGAAAUAGGCAGGGUUGAAAUGCCUUUUUUUGAGAACACAAGCCAAUACUUGAGCACAUUUAGGAUUUUUGCGAGUGUGAUUGGUGUGUGCGUGUGCGUGCGUGCACUUCUGCUCUCCAGCACAAACUGGUGAAAGGCAUGGCACUAUGUUGUCAUCAACUCCCCAAACGUUACGUGACAAAAAAAAGUGCUGUCCGAUUCGAGAAGGACACAAGUUUUCUUAUCUGUCACACUGACACUGUGAACAUUUUUUCAGCUUCACUUUUAGAAAAGCACAGCAAAUGGUCAAUUUCCACACGAGUGUAGGAUGAGCUAUUAGAUCUUAAUCAUAGCACAAUCACCAAACGAGUCUAUCAUCUGGAUGAAAAUGUGCUAAAAGAGAGAACGUGUAUAGUAUUUCCUGAGAGUGUCUCCUUGUGUCGCACAGCAGUUGAUAUAAAAGUUGGGGUUUUUUCGUUGUUUUUCUUUUUAACCUAGAAUCUGUAGAGCCAUAUUUAUUGUAACAGUAUUACAGUAGAGGUAUUUAUAUGAUCGAUUUUAGUUUUAUUGAUA